GCUAAUAUUAUUACCGAUCGAGUAUAUUAUCGAUAUUAUAAAAAUCGAAAUUAUCAAUUGUUAAAACUUGAGUGAAACACGGGAGCGCUCAGAGUAGAGUAUCUAAACGUGCUGUGGGAGUUGCCUUUCUAUUUAAUCUUUUUUAUGGGCUUAAAAUAAAUUAUAAUCAUUGAAUAUAAUCAAUUACGUUUAGCAAUUGAUUUGUGUUUUAAAAUUUAAAUCGUAACCUAUUCUAAAAAUAUAUUAAAUAAACUAAUAUAUUAUACUAUUUUAUAAAUAAUUAUCCAAAAUGUAAGUAUCGAUCUUGUAAAUUAUCGAUAGUAUAAAAAUCGAAACUAUCAAUUGAUAAAACUCGAGUCAAACACGGGGAGCGCUUGAGUAGUAUAUCUAAUCUAUCGGGGCUCACUAGUUUGCCAUUUUGCUAAUGUGUCAUGGUAUCGCCAACAGUACACUCUACAGUCUACAGAGUACAGACCAACUUAGUCUCGUUUUUGAGUCACGGCUUCGAGGUAUCUAUUGUGGAAGAGAAUACAAUCGUCACUGUUCAUCUCGUGUUGUACACUCAGCUGUAAAAUGUUCUCUUUGGCAAAGUUAUCUUACUACACUUGCAACGAUGAAGAAAAGGAUUUUUACGACGAUUUGGAAACUUUGAAAAUUGAUAUACAACCCUGUUGUAUCGAUAUUAUGAAUUACCAGAACAAAAAGUCAAAAUUAAAUAUUGUGAAUAAUGAUAUCGAAGUUAAAUAUAUGGAAGAUGAAGAUUACCCGAUGAGCGAAAAGGCCGCUGCAAGUGGUCAUUUAAUAUGUUUAGCGUUCACUGAAGUUUGCGGGUUCCCGUGGACACGAUCCGUACGCGCAAAUGCUGCUAGAAAUGAAAUUGAACACAAUCGCUUUCGUUCAUUUGAUGAGGUCGUGUGCCAGGUAGCGGCCCUUAAUGGCCAACUGGAGUGUCUAGUAUACCUCCACAACAAUGGGUGUCUAUGGGACGAUAACACGUGUAAAGCAGCCGCAGAAGGUGGGCAUAUUGAUUUGUUGCGGUAUGCGCAUGAAAACGGUUGCCCGUGGAACGAGACCACGUGUGAGGCAGCUGCAAAACGUGGGCACAUGGACAUGCUGCGGUAUGCCCAUGAACACGGUUGUCCAUGGGACGUGAGAACGAGUAUCGCGGCCGCAACCUACGGGUACGUGGAUGUCUUGCGGUAUGCCCAUGAAAACGGUUGUCCAUGGGACGAGGACACGUGUAACGCAGCCGCAGUGUCCGGGCACGUGGAUGUCUUACAGUAUGCGCAUGAACACGGCUGCCCCUGGAACGGGGCAACGUGUUGGAUAGCCGCGGAAUACGGUAACAUUGAUGUGCUGCGGUAUGCCCAUGAAAACGGUUGUCCAUGGAACGAGGACACGAGUAUCGCGGCCGCAACCUACGGGCACGUGGAUGUCUUGCGGUAUGCCCAUGAAAACGGUUGUCCAUGGAACGAGGACACGUGUAGGGUGGCCGCAGCCUCCGGGCGUAUGGAUGUCUUGCGGUAUGCGCAUGAAAACGGUUGUUCAUGGAACGAGACCACGUGUGAGGCAGCUGCAAAACGUGGGCACAUGGACAUGCUGCGGUAUGCCCAUGAACACGGUUGUCCAUGGGACGUGAGAACAAGUAUCGCGGCAGCAACCUACGGGCACCUGGAUGUCUUGCGGUAUGCCCAUGAAAACGGUUGUCCAUGGAACGUGGACACGUGUAACGCAGCCGCAGGCUUCGGGCACAUGGAUGUCUUACGGUAUGCGCAUGAACACGGAUGCCCGUGGGAUGAAAUCACGUGUAGCGUGGCUGCAGCCUUCGGGAACAUGGAUGUCUUGCGGUAUGCGCAUGAACACGGAUGCCCGUGGGAUGAAAUCACGUGUAUGUGUGCCGCAGCCACUGGGCAUAUUGAUUUGCUGCGGUAUGCCCAUGAACACGGCUGCCCGUGGAACAAACGUACGUGUGAUCUGGCCAGGAUAAGAGGAAAUGGCUUAUGUCUACAAUAUGCGCUGGAAAAUGGGUGUUCAGAGAUUGAUGUAUCCCCGCAAGAAUAAUAAGAAUUGCAAGAAUAGUGCACCAUCACAGAUUAUAUUUUAUUAUAAUUUUUAAUUAUCGCUGGUAACCGAUUAAACGAGCUAAAAUAAGCUGUAUUUUGUAAAUUGUAAUUUUUAUUUGUAAAAGAGUUAGGUGGGGGAUUGUCUCACCAAUUCCCAUUUUCUGAUGUAUUCAUUUGUUUUUAUCAAAUAAACUAUGGCGACCGGGAGGAAGUAAUGCGAUAGCGGUUUCCUACCGGUUGUCGAUUCCAACCAGAAAAAAAAAAGUACAAUACCUUACAAUUUAUUUAUUUAUUUUUUUGAAUUAUUAUUAUCGAAACGACCGUUUGGAUCUUUAUUAAAGUCUUUUUCGUUUGGGGGUAGAGUGCAGUAUGUAAUACUUGAAUCCCCUUCUCUUAGGAAGAGAAUAUUCAUUUGUGUGGAUUUCACUCCCAAUUGAGUGGGUCCGAUGGGGGGGGGAGAGUAGGCAACCAGAACGACAGCUAGGAAGAGAGACUACCGAAAAUUCUGCAGAAUAUUUUUCGCACUGAGCCGGGUUCGAACUGGUGACUGCGCGCGUCGUGGCCAACUUGUGUGACCACUGCACCACACAGCCCCUUAUAAUUUUAUAUGAAACAAAUGUUAUGCACAGGGGUUUCUAAUAAUUGUACGUACCUAUUUAUUUAUUAGGUAUUCUUAGCAGUUUUGCUGGACAAUUGGUUUUCGGAAAAUUGUUGACAUAAACGUUCUGCGGUGUUUGAAUGAUCACGGCAUUUUGAUCUUCGAAAAUCACAUAAUUGACCUUGCACCAUUGAAAUGUGGAUUACGAAGUUUUCUAAAAUUACGUUUUGAUUAUUAUGAAAUUAAACUCUACAUUUGCAAACUACAACUGUAGUGAUAUAUACAUUUUUAUUUAUCAUUAUUUAAAUUUAAGAAUAUUAAACAAAUAUAUCAU